AUGAUAAGGAGCAUGAGUAAGCCGAUAGAACAGGCCAUCAAGACAAAAAUUACUGGUGCCUUUCAGCCGGUACAUUUGGCAGUGAAAAAUGACUCGUCCAAACACGCUCAUCAUGCCGGCUUGAGGGGUGCUACCAAUGUAACCGAAUCACAUUUCAGGUUGACGAUAGUGUCAGAUGCCUUCGCAGGAAAAGCGCUGCCAGCAAGACACAGAAUGGUUUACACGCUAUUAGACGAAGAAAUAAAGGAGAAAGGAGUCCAUGCUGUGCAACUGAAAACGAAAACUCCAACGGAAUGGGAAAAAGAUCCUAAAGAUCUGUAA